UCAGUGACGAGAAAAAUCAAACAAGGAAUCCAGUCGCGCAAAGUGUCAGGAACUGUUUUUCUAGUGCGUUUUUUGAUGUGAACAGUAUUUUAUAUAACAUUAAGAAAUAUCGCUACAAUUGCUUAGGUUCCAACAGUCGCAUGUGGUCUUUAUUUAUUUAGUAUAACGUAAUUCCUCGACAGCAUCACUGAACAUGGUGUGUGGAAGCGACACUGCAGCCAUAAACGAGACCUAAACAAACUGUCGAACAAAUUCAAUCAGUUCUACACAGGAGAACAGGGCAGAGGAAUACAGCAAAUAAAAGAUGCUGCUCUGUAAUGGGCCAUGGCAGUGAGUGGUUGCUGAAGAUGAGCCACAGGAGCAGCCCAGCAAAAGCCUACGAUUUUCUUUUAAAAUUCCUGCUGGUGGGAGACAGUGAUGUGGGCAAGGGUGAGAUUUUGGCCAGUUUGCAGGACGGAGCUACUGAAUCGCCAUAUGGCUAUAACAUGGGAAUUGACUAUAAAACAACCACCAUACUGCUUGAUGGGCGCAGAGUCAAGCUGCAGCUUUGGGACACCUCUGGGCAGGGGCGCUUUUGCACCAUAUUUCGCUCAUACUCCAGAGGAGCACAGGGGGUUAUCCUGGUAUAUGACAUCACAAAUCGGUGGUCAUUUGAUGGAAUUGACAGAUGGAUUAAAGAGAUUGAUGAGCAUGCGCCAGGAGUUCCGAAGAUCCUUGUGGGAAACCGUUUGCACUUGGCCUACAAACGUCAGGUGACGACUGAAAAUGCCCAAGCCUUUGCCGAGCGUCUGGGGGUUACCUUCUUCGAGGUCAGCCCCCUGUGUAACUUCAACAUCACAGAGUCCUUUACAGAACUGGCUCGUAUAGUUCUAAUGCGCCAUGGCAUGGAGAGAUUGUGGAGACCCAACAAAGUACUGAGUCUGCAGGAUCUGUGCUGCCGAUCCAUUGUCUCCUGCACCCCUGUGCACCUGGUGGACAAACUCCCGCUUCCUGUUGCCUUAAAGAGCCACCUGAAGUCCUUCUCCAUGGCCAACGGCCUUAAUGCUCGCAUGAUGCACGGGCGCUCCUACUCGGUCAUAGCCAGCAGCACCACAAAAAGAAACGGAACAAAAAAAUCCAAACUCAUCUACCCACCUCUGAGCCCAUCACAAAGCUGCACAAGGACCACCUGCAAGAUAUCAUAGUCUAAUCACACUCCACGCUCACUCUGAUCACUCUGAACAACACAGUUUACAGCACAAAGCCAGGCUUGAAGUCACCAGGGUUUCACUUAAUUGGAGAUGUUUCCCAGUGGCAUGUGACAUCAUUUGCCAUGAUAUUUUGAUUACAAAUUGGUGCAUCCUACAUACCAUAUCUGAAUGUGAUUGCUUAAAGAGAUUAAUCAGACCCACUAAGAGGAUUUUUGUGAAGCCAUUAUGUCACUGUAUAAAUAUAUGUACAUAUUUCAUCACGUUUGUAAUUGGUGGGAUUAAACAUACUGGUACUGUGUUCAGAUCAGAGAAAAGCAUGAGAACAGUUGUGUAUUUUAAAUCUUUUUUGGACCUAGGUAAAAAUACCAGCUUGUUUUCCUACCUUUAUUUUAAUGUUCUUCAGGAUACAUACACUUAAUGAACAUCAGUAUUGAGAAAUGCAGCUCUUUGUAAUGUGUAUUUGUCACGUUGUUUGAUACUAUGUUGUUAUUAUUCUUAACUAUUGUAAUGCACUUGAACAGUGAUCAGUAUUGUAGGAUUUUAUAUGGAGUGACACCAAAGACAUGGGAGACUGAAUAUGAAGCUUAUCAGCUCUAACACAUUUUCUUAUGGAUUCAACAGUAAUAUUUCAAUACACUGCAAAGCAACAGAAAUUCCUAACUUACUAUCAGGUUUUUAAUAAAAAAGUGUGUUAAUGACAA